GGCACCCCCGGGCGCCAGGGUGCAUUGUGGGAAGGAGGCGGCAGCGUCCCGGGCGGGCGGGAGGUGCAGCAGCGGUGGCGGCGGCGGUAAAUCCUCCCGGCCGCUCACAGCACUGUGGAGCCGCGUCCCCAGGCCGGCCUCGGACCGCAUGCCAGAAGUGGGUGGAGAAUUGUAGGAGAGCAGACUUAGAAGAUAAAACACCUGAUCAACUAAAUAAACAUUAUCGAUUGUGUGCCAAACACUUUGAGACCUCUAUGAUCUGUAGAACUAGUCCUUAUAGGACUGUUCUUCGAGAUAAUGCAAUACCAACAAUAUUUGAUCUUACCAGUCAUUUGAACAAUCCACAUAGUAGACACAGAAAACGAAUAAAAGAAUUGAGUGAAGAUGAAAUCAGGACACUGAAACAGAAAAAAAUUGAUGAAACUUCUGAACAGGAACAGAAACAUAAAGAAACAAACAAUAGCAAUGCUCAGAAUCCCAGUGCAGAAGUGGUAGGCGACGAACAGGAUGAAGACAUUUUACCUUUAACCCUUGAAGAGAAGGAAAACAAAGAAUACUUAAAGUCUCUGUUUGAAAUUUUGAUUCUUAUGGGAAAACAAAACAUACCUUUGGAUGGGCAUGAGACUGACGAAAUUCCGGAAGGUCUUUUUACGCCUGAUAACUUUCAAGCAUUGCUAGAGUGCCGGAUAAAUUCUGGUGAAGAGGUUCUGAGAAAGCGCUUUGAGACCACAGCUGUUAACACAUUGUUUUGUUCUAAAACGCAGCAGAAACAGAUGCUAGAGAUCUGUGAGAGCUGUAUUCGGGAAGAAACCCUCAGGGAAGUGAGAGACUCACACUUCUUUUCCAUUAUUACUGAUGAUGUGGUGGACAUAGCAGGUGAAGAACACUUACCUGUCUUGGUGAGGUUUGUUGAUGAAUCUCAUAAUCUAAGAGAAGAGUUUGUGGGCUUCUUGCCUUAUGAAGCUGAUGCAGAAAUUUUGGCUGUUAAAUUUCACACUACAAUAACUGAGAAGUGGGGACUGAAUAUGGAGUAUUGUCGUGGCCAGGCUUAUAUUGUGUCCAGUGGAUUUUCUUCUAAAAUGAAAGUUGUUGCUUCUAGACUUUUAGAGAAAUAUCCCCAGGCUAUCUACACACUCUGCUCUUCCUGUGCCUUAAACAUGUGGUUGGCAAAAUCAGUGCCUGUGGUAGGGGUAUCAGUUGCGUUAGGAACAAUUGAGGAAGUUUGUUCUUUUUUCCAUCGAUCACCACAACUACUUUUAGAACUUGACAGUAUAAUUUCUGUUCUUUUUCAGAACAGUGAAGAAAGGGGUAAAGAACUGAAGGAAAUAUGUCAUUCUCAGUGGACAGGCAGGCACGAUGCUUUUGAAGUUUUAGUGGACCUCCUGCAAGCACUUGUUUUAUGUUUAGAUGGUAUAAAUAGUGACACAAAUAUUAGAUGGAAUAACUAUAUAGCUGGCCGAGCGUUUGUACUCUGUAGUGCAGUGACAGAUUUUGAUUUUAUUGUUACCAUUGUUGUUCUUAAAAAUGUCUUAUCUUUUACAAGGGCCUUUGGGAAAAAUCUCCAGGGACAAACUUCGGAUGUCUUUUUUGCAGCCAGUAGCUUGACUGCUGUCCUACACUCACUCAAUGAAGUAAUGGAAAAUAUUGAAGUUUAUCAUGAGUUUUGGUUUGAGGAAGCCACAAAUUUGGCAACCAAACUUGAUGUUCAAAUGAAACUCCCUGGCAAAUUUCGUAGGGCUCAGCAAGGCAACCUAGAAUCUCAGUUAACCUCUGAGAGUUACUAUAAAGAAACCUUAAGUGUCCCAACAGUGGAGCACAUUAUUCAGGAACUUAAAGAUAUAUUCUCAGAACAGCAUCUCAAAGCUCUUAAAUGCUUGUCUUUGGUACCCUCAGUCAUGGGACAGCUCAAAUUCAAUACAUCAGAGGAGCAUCAUGCUGACAUGUACAGAAGUGACUUACCCAAUCCUGACACACUCUCAGCUGAGCUUCAUUGUUGGAGAAUCAAAUGGAAACACAGAGGGAAAGACAUAGAGCUUCCAUCUACCAUUUAUGAAGCCCUCCAUUUGCCUGACAUCAAGUUUUCUCCUAAUGUGUAUGCCUUGCUGAAAGUCCUGUGUAUUCUUCCUGUGAUGAAAGUUGAGAAUGAACACUAUGAAAAUGGACGAAAGCAUCUCAAAGCAUACUUGAGGAACACUUUGACAGACCAAAGGUCAAGUAAUUUGGCUUUGCUUAACAUAAAUUUUGAUAUAAAACAUGAUCUGGAUUUAAUGGUGGACACAUAUAUCAAAUUGUAUACAACUAAAUCAGAGCUUCCUACAGAUAAUUCAGAAACGGUUGAAAAUAACUAAGAGACUUAAAAUAGGCUUUCUCUUAUAUUUGCUAUUUGUAAGAAAAGCCGUAAGGGAUGUGUAGGUUACCUUAUCACUGAAUAUGGUAGCCUAUAGACCUGUCAUUGAAUAUAUUAGCCAUUGAUAAUCUCCAUAUUUAAAUGGCCACUCUGAACUCUCAUGCUUCUGAGACCUGUUCAUUUUCUAGAAGAUAGCAUUGGAAGUGCCAUGCUCCACUUCGGCGUGACCUCUGCUGGUGGCGCUAUGGAAUUGUUUCAGUUAAGUCAUUUUAGACAGCACACUGUGUCACUGUGGAUCCCCUUUCGGGUACUGAGUUGUCACUUUUUGAAAAAAUGAAUUUUGAGGUGAUGUGGGAGAAAAUAAUGCAUUUUAUAAAACGUUAUGGUGAAGCCCAUCAUUGACCUGUGAUUAGUAGGAGUUUUAAGUGUGUUAUUAAAAAUCUGUAAUGGACAGUUAAGGGAAUCACUAGAGAGAAGUUUAUGAGCUGACCAGAUUUCAGUGUAGAUUUUGUCUUUAUUAAAUGAACUUAAAAGAAGAGGUUACAGUUAAAGUUGGAAUGGAAGAGCUUACCAUUGUAUUCCACAUCUGUUGUUUACAUUCCUUUGUUGAGCCUACAUCUUUAUAAGCUUCUCAGCAGGUAAAUGUUGAACACUUCCACUUCAUGGUCAAUAUGGAAUCAGAGGCCAUCAUACAGGCAACUGACUUGUCUGUUUUCUUCUUUUUCCAUGACUCUAUCUACUGCCUCAUCUUGAUUUAUAAGCAAAACCUGGAAAACCUACAAAAUGAAUGUUUUGUGGUUUAUCUAGAAAUAAUACAGAAAAUAUUGCUGUUAUUUUUGGUGAAGAAAAUUUUGUA